AUGUUCUUGAGUACAGCUUCUCCCCGGAGAUCGUUCACCAUCCCCAUUAACAUCAACCUGCAGGGUGCUCGGAGGCGGCAGACACGUCCAGAGGGAGACCCCUGCACGACAUUUCAAGAGCAGGACUGGAGUAGAGGGGUGGAUGGGCGUGGAGGGCAGCGAGCUCGGAGCCAGAUGCCAGUGUCAAGCGUCGGGGAGGACAGAGCCAUCCUGCUGGGCUUCACCAUGAUGGCCUUCUCUGUGCUCAUGUUCUUUGUGGUCGGGAUCACUACAGUCAAACCCUAUAUUAACAGUAACUGGGUGGAGGCCAGCUGUGUUCUGCUAAAGACCGAAAUCCUGGAAGAGUGGGUGGACUGCAGAGAUGUGAGCACUGUGCCUUGCCUCAGGGUAAAGGUUAACCUCACAGGUUCCAAUCACACGGCUUUUCUCCACUUUGACGAGGAAUUGGUCCUCCUUGCUCUUGAGUGUUUCUAUAUACCCAAAUGUCGAAUGGACAGAGCAGAACUUCAAAAGGAAGUUGAGAAAGUGAAGAACAGCUUGGACGCUCAGCUGGAGAGGACCUCAUUGUGCUUCACUGACCACACGAGGCACCCCGGGGACACAAUCUUGAACAGGAAGUACACCCGUGAGAAGGCCCUGUUUGCAUUGCUGUGGCCCUGUCUGAUGCUGGGUGGCGGAGCUCUGUUGGUGGGCCUUGUGAAGCUGACUCAGUUCUUAGCCCAUCUCUCCUCUGAGGUGUGCAGUGAGACUGCAGGGGGCAGGCUGACAUCAAGACACACUCAGGGCAAACUGUACAGACUCCUCCGGAGGUCCAGCACGCAGUCUCCUUCAUGACAUAUUCAGUGUUUGUUAUGCAUCAGGCCAAAAAUACCUAUUUUAAUAAUAUAAUGGGUACAUAAUGUCAACCGGGGCCAGUGGGUAUAAAACAUAUAUAAAGAAUAAAUGCCUACGUGGAGAGAAUAGGUCGGAUUAUUUAAAAUAAAUCUUAAAUCUUUAAUAACAAAAAUCUUAAAAACCAGCUGUGGUACAUGCACAGAGGCCACACACACCUUUGCAAUGAAAACGUAGUAAUGGCAAAUUCAAAAUAAAUUCAUUAAUCAAAUUAAUAACAUGAUUCAGUAUAAAUACAGUACAUUUCCAACAUGUUAAUGUGAGUCCUCCUAUAGUAAGCGCAUUUAUAUAUAUUCUGAAAACAAAAUGGCAGAAAUUAAAAAUGAAGCUUUCCCCCUUAUAUAAACUUGGAGGUGAACUUCUUGUUUGUUAAAUCAACCUCUAAGUUCUCUUUCAGAAAACCAGAAACAACUGAGCUUGUCUAUGGUUAAAAUACAAAACUUUUAAAGGGCCUCAGGAGAUGGUUCUCUUUAAAUGGCUCCUUCUUCGACUUCUAGAGAAAGUCUUGUUUUGCUGGCCCCCAGUGCUUUAAGCAAUGUGGAGUUCACUCCAGGGUGUCAGUAGCCAACACUGUGACAUCACUGUUGGCUGUUGUUAGAGAUACAACAGAGCACAUUUCUGACUACU